CUUGAAGAGUGAGAGAGCAUCAAGAGGCAGGUAAAGAGGAGCUGAGACACAGCAGGGCAAGAAUGAAGAGCCUUCUACCUCUGCUCCUCCUCUGCAUCACAGCCUCACAUGGCUUCCCUGCAGGUUUACAAACCAAAGAGCAAGAUGCCAAAAUCAUCCAGAAAUAUCUUGAGAAAUUCUAUGACCUGAAAAUUGAUGAAGUGAAAAAUCCGAAGAACAAAAACAGCAACCCAGUCACUGAAAAACUCAAGGAAAUGCAGGAAUUCUUUGGGUUGAAAGUUACUGGGAAGCCAGAUGCUGAAACUCUAAAGAUAAUGAAAAUGCCUAGAUGUGGAGUCCCUGAUGUGUUUUCAUUUGCCAUCACUGAAGGAAAUCCUAAGUGGGACAAGAAUAACCUUACUUACAGCAUUGAAAACUACACACCGGAUUUAGCCCGGGAGGAUGUGGAUGAUGCCUUCAGGAAAGCAUUUAAAGUCUGGAGUGAUGUCUCCCCCUUAACAUUCACUAAGAUAUCAAAGGGUGAAGCAGACAUAAAGAUCUCUUUUAAUUAUAGAGAUCAUUAUGAUAAUUCUCCCUUUGAUGGUCCCAAUGGAAUCCUUGCUCAUGCCUUCCAACCAGGUCCAGGAAUUGGAGGUGAUGCUCAUUUUGAUGAAGAAGAAAGGUGGACAAAAGACCACAAGAAUUACAACUUGUACCAUGUUGCUGCUCAUGAAUUUGGUCAUUCUCUGGGUCUUGCCCAUUCCUCUGAUAUUGGUGCCUUGAUGUACCCCACCUAUGGUUUCAAUGACCUCGAUAAUAUUCAGCUUUCUCAAGAUGACAUUGAUGGCAUUCAAGCCAUCUAUGGUCCCUCCAAUAAUCCUGUCCAGCCAACAGGAUCAACAACACCAAAAGCCUGUGAUAAGAAGCUGACCUUUGAUGCUAUCACCACAGUCCGGGGAGAAAAAAUAUUUUUCAAAGACAGGUUCUAUCUCCGUAAGACUCCCUAUAUUCCUGAAGCAGAAGUCAAUUUAAUUUCUCUGUUCUGGCCAAACCUCCCAGGUGGGAUUGAAGCUGCUCAUGAAGUUACAGAAAAGGACAUAGUCAGGUUUUUCAAAGACAGCAAGUUUUGGGUUGCUUUGGGGACGAAUGUGUUGCCGGGUUAUCCCAAGGACAUCUAUACAACUUUCGGUUUUCCUAAAACUGUGAAGAAAAUUGAUGCUUCCGUUUCUGAGGAAUACACUGGAAAAACCUACUUCUUUGUAGGAAACAAUUACUGGAGAUAUGAUGAGAGGAGGAGAUCUAUGGAUGCAGGUUAUCCAAAACUGAUCAUAGAUGACUUUCCUGGAAUUGGGAGCAAAAUUGAUGCUGUUGUUAAUGACAGUGGCUUCUUCUAUUUCUUCAUUGGAACAAGACAGUAUAAAUUUGACCUCCAAGCCAAGAGAGUUGUAGCUAUCUUGAAGAGCAACAGCUGGUUUAACUGUGGAGACUACUGAACAAGAUUAAAAGAUACUUUGUAAGCAGUAUGAAGAUGUUUUCUAAAAGAGCCAUAUUUCUUCAGUAUUCAUUACUUUUGUUUUGUUUUGUUUUAAUGAGCCUGGAAAACUGGGACAGAGUGACUUGCUUUUUGUACUUGGGAGACUGUUGGUAGGGGGAGGGUAGUAUGGAGGUCCUUAGAAUCCUUAGAAUUGUUAAAUGUCUUGUGUAUUCUUAGUAUCAUUUAUAUUUUAAUUUGCAAAUCCAUUAUGUCCUGGUGACUGAAAUAAUAUAAAGAACUCAUUGAAAUAUCAAGAUUUCAUUCCUGGAUAUUAGAAUUAAAAGCUCAUACUUUGGUCACAAAAGAGAAUAAGAUAGCCCAUAUGAACAAUUGAUUGAUUUCAAUUAUUAGUAUCAGAAAAACAGUUCUAAUAAUAGUAGGUCUUGAGUUACUAGUGUUGUCUCUGUAACAACAGAUAGCACCUUCAGUUGUUUCUAAAAAUAAAGGAUUUUAUAUUUGGAACAAAAUAAAAUUCACUUCCCCUGUUUAAUAAGCAUUCAAAGUUCCUUGAGGGUAGAUACUAUUUUUUUUUUAUCAAAGAUGCACCUAGCAGUGUAUUUCACAUAGUAGAUGACCAAUAAAUGUUUUAUUAAUUGAAAUAAA